CACCAUCUUAUCUACUCACCACCAUGUCGUCAGAUGAACCGUCUUACCCUGCGGACUGGGAAGCACGUUGCACGGCCAGAAAGAUGGCUCAGUUGGAAUCGAUACCAUCCGAAUGGCUUAUCCAGGCACCCCCCGUGUCUCAAGUGAACGUCACAGACGUCCCACGCCAAUGUGGAUUGUUGACCGCUUUAGAAUUGGAAAUCACGGAAACAACAGAUGUUCCAGUCAUUCUUGACAACAUCCGGACUAGUCUGUGGACGUCUGUUCAAGUAACGACUGCAUUCUACAAGCGAGCCGUCAUUGCUCAGCAGUUGACAAACUGCUUGACGGAAAUAUUCGUUGAGCGUGCGCUAGCUCGUGCAAAAGAACUGGAUGAAUAUCUUGCCACAACCGGCCGCGUCGUCGGGCCGCUCCAUGGACUGCCCAUCUCCUUGAAAGACCAAUUCUCGAUGAAGGGUCUCGAAACAAUCAUGGGAUACGCGAAAUGGAUUGGGCGCGUCGCAGAUUCUGACUGCGUCCUUGUUGAAAUUCUGUACGAAUGUGGAGCAGUCCCCUUUGUCCGCACGAAUGUUCCCCAAACGCUUAUGUGGGGCGAGACGAUGAAUCACGUGUUUGGGCGCACCCUAAACCCGUACAAUCUAUCGUUUACCCCAGGCGGCUCGUCUGGGGGCGAGGGUGCUCUCGUCGCCAUGAGAGGGAGCCCACUCGGUGUGGGGACUGAUAUCGGAGGAUCUUUGCGCAUACCGAGUGCUUUCUGUGGACUUUAUACUCUGCGACCUUCUUAUGGACGGCUGCCGUAUUUUGGAGCCAUGAACACACUGGAGGGCCAAGAAUCCAUCUCAUCGGUGCUCGGCCCGAUGGCCAACUCGCUCUCCGGGGUUAAAGUUUUCACGAAGGCGCUUCUUGAUGCACAGCCUUGGCUCAAGGAUCCUCUUGUCGUCCGAAAGCCAUGGAGCGAAAGCGAGUAUCGGCUGGAAGGACACGGGGACGGCCAGCAGCUUUGUUUUGCAAUCAUGUGGGACAAUGGCGUCGUCAAACCCCAUCCACCUCUCCACAGAGCGAUGGGAAUCGUCAAACGCGCGCUCGAAGCUGCCGGGCACCGAGUGAUCGAUUGGGAACCACACCGUCAUCUCGAGAUAUAUAAGAAUGCGGAAAUCAUUUUCGCAGCAGACGGGGGACACGACUUCCGCGAGCAGUGCGAAGGGAGCGAGCCUUUGAUUCAGACGAUGAGUCCGAUCACAGACUCGCGCGAGAAGGCUCUAGACGAGCCAUUGAGCAAAGCUCUCGUUGGCACACCCUACCAUCGGACGGCUUAUGAGUUAUGGCAACUUCACAAGGAGAAACGAGAACUACGCAAGUCCCACCUCGACCACUGGCGUGCGACCGCGUCCAAGACGGGAACUGGCAGACCUGUCGAUGCCAUCAUCUCCCCUGCAGUCGCGUAUCCUGCCGUCCCUCACGGCCAGAACACGGAUUCGUUCUACACCACGUUGUGCAAUGCUCUCGAUUAUGCUUGCUCGGUCUUUCCUGUGACGUUCGUUGACCCAGAGCUCGAUGAUCCUCAUCCUCCUCACGAAUUCUACAACGAGGAGGAUGCCCACAUCUUCAAUCUCUAUGCGGCAGACAUGUUCCCAGGAUGUCCCAUUGGGUUGCAGCUGAUUGGAGGCACGCAAGAGGAGGAGGCUGUGAUUGCCAUGACGGAGAUUGUCGAUAAAGCUCUGCAGAAUCUGAAGUGAAACCGAGCAGAGAAACAAUAGUAUCACCCAAAUGUACUACUAGAUAUACAGUCGAACGCUGGACCCUUGCCUUUUUGAUACAAUGUGUAGAAAGAAAAGAGCAGUACAUAGCAAUGAAACAGGAAGACUAGAUCCCGUCUUCGUCGUGGGCAGCUGCCUCGGCAUCGGCUUCGAGCUGGGCGAUGUCCUCCAGUUGCGCGGCAAGAAGCGCAAGCUGGCCCUGCAGCUCGGCUCUCGCGUGUUCCGCCAGGGAAAGCGAGACGGAUUCGCUUUUGACAGGCGACAUCCGUCUGGCUGCCUCGUCUUCCAGACUGAACACGGCGCCGAAGUUGAUGGUCUGCAGGAUUUUUUCCGCGGCCUGGUAGGCCGAAUUUGGGGGGACCGAUGGCUUGGGAGGUGGUACUUCGGUUGGAGGGAUCGGUCGCGGAGGUUCUGUGGGCGCAGCUGCGGGCGUUGGUGCGGGUGUCGGCUGGCUCGCGGGAUACGGCGACACGGGUGGCGGAGCAGGCACAAAUGCUUGCGGGGAGGGUCGUGGGAUGGGAGUGAACGGACUGGCGCCGUUCGGCAUCCGUGCUUGUUUUUGCAUCACGAUCGGAGUCGCGUUAUGUGUUUGUGGACGGCGAGUCGCGCGGCGGGUGGAGGACUGGGACCGCUGAGGAUGACUAUCGAGAUCGUAAAAGAAAUGAGACGCACAUUCCCCCCUUCCCAGCUCGCGUUCAACCGAUACCUCCCACUAGCAUUCUUUUCAAACCGGCCCCUUCUAUACGCUUUUUGCAGUGCUUGACUGGCGGAUGGCCGGAAGUUCGCUUGAACCGGAUAUCGUGCGGAUAUCCAAUUGAAUAGAUCCUUCGGUGCCAUGCCUUCAGGAUCUGCAACAGUCGUUAGUCCCUCCACGAUCAUAUCCUCAUAGCUCGGGAGGUCUGUAUCUUCCGAUGCAGGUGCAGGCACAGGAAUAGAGGCAUCUUGCUGAUGCGGGGCGGCAAAGUACGGAUUAGGUGCAGGAUAACCUGGCGCAGAAAGGGGAGGAGGCAAUGGAUACGGGUGGUGAGCUGCACUGGACGGCCCAGCGGCAUAUGGAAAAGAAAAUGGGAGAUAUCCCGGUGGGAGAGGUUGGUGGUAAUAAGGUGUGUGUGGAUAUGCGGAUGCGGGCUGAGACGAGAAGUUGAAAGGUUGCAAGGACGAUGUAUUGGGGGUCGAUGGACCUGCAACCGGUGGUUUAUCUGGCGGCUUCCGUUCGGUGGAUGUUUGAGGAGACUGAUCAUCAGAUGCUGCCGUAGGAUGGGCUUCAUUGGUGGUCGAUGAAGCAGCUGGUGUUGACGAGGGAAUUUUAUUCGGCGCCUCUUCUGCUUUUGGUGGGUUCUGCAUGGAAGCAAGAACAGCUUUGAAAUCCGGCGGCCAGAUAUUCCUCUUCAGCGCCAUGGGCACAUGUAUAUCGAGAGCAAGGCAUAUCUCAAUGACCUGCUGAGGAGGGAGUAAGGCGAGAUACUGUCGUUUGAGACUGUGGUCUUCGGGAGGUGCAUUGUAAGGAAAAUGGAGCUGCCCAGAGGUGUCGGCAACCAUACGGUGCAGCACUGUGCUCAGAAGAGAAAGCAGGAAGCGAAACCCG